AUGAUCAUUAGAUCUUUGGAUAUUAGAGAGGGAGAUAGCUUGGUUAAAAGGAAGAGGAUUAAUCAGAUAAUUCAUCGUGGAUGGGUGGAUAUUUUUAUGAUUCAAGAGUCCAAGUUGGUUGUUGUUGAUGCAUGUAUUAUUAGGAGUUUUUGGAACAAUGGAAAUGUUGGGUGGUCUUUUGUUAGCUCCAAAGGGAAAUUUGGGGGUAUCAUCACUUUAUGGAAGGAGGAUCUUUUCGAGGUUAUCUGCAACUUCAAAAGGGAAGGAUGCUUGGGGUUAAAGCUGUUAUGGAAGGGUUCGAACUAUUAUGUUAUCAAUGUGUAUUCGCCUUGUUCGUUGCCUCUUAGAAGUUUACUUUGGGAGAAGCUGUUGGUGUUUAAGGAUAAAUAUUUGGAUGGAGAAUGGAUAAUGCGUGGGGACUUCAAUUUGAUUAUCAACAACAGAAAGAGGAAAGGGAGGGCUUCAAGUAGGAACAAUUCUAAUAUGUUAGAGUUCUCAAAUUUCAUUGUUCAAAUUGUUCUGGUUGAUCUCCCUUGCAAGGGGAACAAGUACAUUUGGUUCAGCAGUAACAAAAACUCUAUGAGUAGAUUAGAUAGCUUCCUUUUAUCAAAUUCGCUUAUCGAUUGA